ACUGUGCCCCUUACGCGACACAAGCGUCUGCAGUGUCUAGAUCGCAUCAGCCUUCUGCGUCUAGCCUUCUUUUUGGAUUUCCCAAAGAAAAAGAACUGCGGCGACACCUGAACAGUCAUCCAAGAAACACCCCCACCACCCCCACAUCCGCGCGCUAUACACUUCGAAAUCUUGAACAAUACCACCCUUUCAGUGUGCGGAGAUUACCAGGAUGCAGGGCGCUACCAUCCAGGCACCAGGCCUGCCCACAUUCCUCAAGUCGCUCAAGAGCACGCCAGUAGAUGCCUCGGUUGAGCACUUUACCUCACUCCUCAAGCGCCGCCAGAUUCGAAACUCGAGACCUUGCGCCAUUGCAACCACAGCCUUGCUACUGCGCGUAGUGGGCGAGUUCAAGGGGAGAGACGCUGCUAAACUCAUCGAGCGCAUCAAGCAAGUCGGCCGGCGGCUGACGUCAGCCCAACCAAGAGAAGUUGUAGUAGGAAACAUUGUACGGCGUGUACUUGGGCUGGUACGUGAGGUCGUCGACGAGCAUGCGGAUGGACAGACACCUACGGGCAGCGACCGAGGCAAUGCAACACCACACGCCCACGCCUCGCACGAUUCGCUUCACAGGCCAGCACUUCAGUCGAGCAUAUCCACUUUCAGCCCUCUCAGACAUGCCGUAGCAGAGCCCAUGCCCGCAGGCGGCUUCACAGACAACGCUUCCGACGCCAGCGAACCCUCAAGACGCCCCCCGUUGCUCACCUCGCACACUUCGUACGCACCAGCAUCGGCUGCACCUCUGGUACACUCGCUAUUCGGCCUCUUCUCCCAACCAGCAGACACGCCCUCAGCCACGAGCACACCGACAGGGCAAGCAUCGCCCACUGGCAGAAGCAACCUGACUGCGCUCAAUCUCGAGCGACUUGCAGGCAUGGAACGAAGUCAGAAUCUUGAUCUCAAAGGCGAGGUCAUGGAAGGCAUACGAGAAUUGCAAGACGAGCUGGAAACAUCAGACAAGCAGAUUGCUGAAGUUGCGCUCGAACACAUCCACGCCAACGAGAUCAUCCUCACCCACACUGCCUCCACAACCGUCCAAAAGUUUCUCUUGUUCGCUGCACGAAAACGAAAGUUUACUGUUGUACACGCCGAGACGUACCCUGACGACCACACUGCUACGCAUGGAAUCCUGCUUACUGGCAAGAAGCGCGAGGCCAACCCGGACGAUGAUGAGGACGAUGACAAGUGGAAGCCACUCACUGACGCGGGCAUUCAAGUCUACGUAAUCCCAGAUUCGCACGUGUUUGCGAUAAUGUCGCGCGUCAACAAGGUCAUACUAGCUACUCACACAGUUCUGGCCAACGGCGGUCUUGUUGCAGCCGCUGGAGCGCAUAUGAUUGCAAAGGCAGCGAAGGAGCAUCAAACACCCGUGGUAGUGCUCAGCGGCGUUUACAAGCUCAGCCCUGUUUACCCUUUUGACAUUGACGAGCUCAUCGAGUAUGGCGAUGCUGGCAGCGUAGUACCUUUUGACGACGGCGAGUUUGUAGACAAGGUUGAUGUUGAGAAUCCGCUAUAUGACUACGUCCCUGCGGAUCUUGUGGAUCUCUACAUUACCAACCUUGGUGGCCAUGCACCUUCAUAUCUCUACCGCAUCGUCGCAGACCACUACCGCUCUGAGGAUAUCACUCUAUAAUCUACAAAAAGGAAUGGCUGACGAUACCACACCCCUAAUGAGAAAUAAAAAGUCUCUUAUCAGCUACGGCGCAAUUGUUGAAAAGUAAGUAGUACCAACAACUGUUUGCCGCAGGCAUGCCCCAGAGUCCCACGAGUUAGAUACUAUUCCAUUUCACAAACCAAUCAAGACACGCAGUUCAUGCACCAAACACUGUGCCCCAUGU